UUGUAUUUUGUCGGAUUUCUUACCGGGUGGUUCAAAUAAUAUCGAGAGAAUUUUAUUAGCUCCGAAUUGUUAUUAGUUUAUGUUACAUGCUACGUGAUAUAAUUGAGCUCUAAAAGUGAUUAAUAUCGAUAAACGUAUUAUAUACAUUGUAGUGUGAGCUGACGGGGCUGUUAUUUUUCUUGUAUAAAGUUGUUUAUGAAAAAACAAUCCUAGUAUCACCUUACUACACAUAUAACGUACCGAGUUCAAGGAAAUAUCGAGAUACUACGGACAUUAUCUAUAAAGAAGAUUAUUUGACGUUAAAAUUUAUCCCAAUCUGGAGUAACGAUGUCUGCGUGUAAAAGUGGUGAUGUAAAAUUAGACACAGCAGUAGAAAGUUGGCUAAAGCUUGACAAGAAUCCCAAAACAAGAGAAGAAGUGUUGGACGAUAUAAAAAAUGCACGAUGGGACAAGCUAAAGAAGACAAUGUUGAAACGACAGAAGUUUGGCACAGCAGGCCUGCGGGGGAGGAUGGGCGCUGGGUACAUGUGCAUGAAUGAUGUUGUUGUGCUGCAGACUGCGCAGGGCCUGUGUUCUUACCUGAAAAAAGUCUGUUCCAAGAGACAACUAAGCAAUGGUUUAGUGGUUGGAUUUGAUGGCAGAUAUAAUAGCAAAAGAUUCGCGGAACUCACAGCUAAAGUGUUCGUAUCUUCAUCAAUACCAGUGUAUCUCUUUUCGUCCGUCUGUCCCACACCACUCGUGUCAUAUGCGACAAUAUUGUAUGGAACGGCUGGCGGUGUGAUGGUAACAGCUUCCCAUAACCCUAGGGAGGAUAAUGGAUAUAAGGUGUACUGGGGAAAUGGGUCGCAAGUUAUAGCACCGCAUGAUGAUAAUAUUUUGGACGAGAUAUUGCUGUGUUUGGAAAUUCCCGAAGACCACUGGGAUAUAGCCAACAUCCGGAACCACGAUCUAGUCACAGACUGCCAACAGGAUGUGACGACACGGUACAUGAAGUACAUACAUGACAGUCUGUCUUCUGAUGUAAGGGAACAGAACAAGACUGCAGCUAUACCGAUUGUGUAUAGUGCGAUGCAUGGAGUUGGCUAUGAAUAUGUUGCAGACGCUUUUAAAGCUGCUCAAUUGAAGUUACCAAUCAGCGUACAAGAACAACAGUAUCCGAACCCAGAUUUUCCAACUGUUAAGUUCCCGAAUCCCGAAGAGAAGGAAUGUUUGGAACUUAGCAAGCAAUUGGCGGAAAUACAUGGUACCAAGUUGGUGCUGGUCAACGACCCUGAUGCUGAUAGAUUGGCUGUCGCUGAGUUUGAUAAUCGAUCAUGGAAAGUGUUCACGGGCAACGAGAUGGGAACACUUCUUGGCUGGUGGAUGCUACACCAGUUUGAAGCUAACAAUACAACGGGCGAAGACAGGUGCUACUUGCUAGCUAGCUUCGUUAGCUCCAAGAUGUUGAGCGCCGUGUGCAGGGGGAAAGCGAGGUUUGUGGAGACCUUGACGGGUUUUAAGUGGAUGGGUAACGCAACAUUGCUUUUAAAGGAAAAAGGAAGAGUGCCGCUAUUUGCGUUCGAAGAGGCCAUCGGUUACAUGUGCAACUCUGAAGUGCCUGAUAAAGAUGGAGUUUCUGCCGCUGUUCAAGUGGCAUCCCUAGCAUCACAUCUAUACAGCCAAGGCACAACCCUAGCUGACCACUUGCAAGCUUUAUACCGCGACUUCGGCUACCACGUGUCGUACAAUGGAUACUUUUUAUUCGACGACCCGGCUGUUGUUCAGAAGAUUUUUAAUAGGAUUAGAAAAUAUCAAAAUGGUGGAUACCCCAAGAAAGUUGGUCAAACUGAUGUGGUGUAUAUAAAUGAUUUCACGGCUGGUGUGCAAAUACCAAAGGAAAGUGAUGAUGAUAGCAAAAACAAAGUCGAAGGCACUGGUUUAGACCUGCCUUACACGAGCGGCGAAAUGAUAAUGUUCAAGUGUGCGAGUGGACUCAACGUAGUGUUUAGAACUAGCGGCACUGAGCCUAAGCUUAAGUACUAUUCUGAGCUAGCCGCUAACAAGGGGCAAGGAGAAGAAGAAGCGAAGGCAGAACUGGAAAGCAUCAUGAAGGAAUUUAUAAACGAACUUAUUCAACCGAAAGAAAACGGCCUUAUUGGUUGAUACAAAGAAUAAUAGCCAAUAUUUUUAUUUUUUAUAUUCCUUUAUCGUCGGAUUUUUUAUAUUUUACUCCGGAUAUAAUUAUCUUACUAAUGUAAUGAUUAAGUUUAUUAUUGAACUAGUAUAAUUAUUUAUUUUUAAGAAACUAAAAGUUUCUCAUACAUUAUUCCAAACAAUUUUUGUUACCAAUAUUUAAUAUUGUAGAAACGUUAAAGGCUAAAUUUGUGAUGCAUUUCGAUGGUUAUUUAUUUUUUAUUAUUAUGUGUAUACAAAUGUUAAAUAAAUAAAUAAGUAAGAAAA